AUGGCAAGAAAGGUAGAAAAAAGCUGCUUAUCCAGAAAUUGUCAAGAAAUUAUCAAGAAAACUACCUGUAGACUAGGUUGUAUAAAUACAUCUACAAUUUAAAACAAUAAGCAUCAUUUAAAAGAAUAAUUACAGAUAUGUGUUCGAUCCUGAUUGUGAUUUGUUACAGGCAUUUCCCAUCGGAUUUAAUAGUUUCUACUUGUUAGUGAUAUUUGCAAUGAUUUCUUCUGGGCCACAAUUACGUAUUAUAUAUCGUUCUUCACAUCUAAGUUGUAAGUGUAAGUCGCAUGUAUUUUUAUUUCUCUAGAUAUUUAAUUAUGACUACUCAAAUUAUCAUAAAUCAAGAUAUAAUAUAUUAUAUAUUAUAUAUAUAAUAUUAUAAUUAUUAUGUAUUAUAAUAUAUAAUAUACUAUAUUAUUAUUAUAAGUUCAUACAUAUAUUAAUUUAAAUGAAUAAUAAAGUAAUUUCGUCUAAUAUAAUAAUAAAUUAAUGAAAAAUAAUGCACCAUUUAUGUGAAUUACUCGAAUUAUUCAUCCUGAAUGAAUAUCUUUUAUAAUAUGAGAAAUUCUUUUGAAAGCUAAAUUAAUAUUUGGACAAUAAUAUAUGUAUAAAAUAAUCCUGAAAUAAUUUAAAUUAAUAAAAAUAUUUCUAAUGUUGAUCCGAGAUUUCAUAUAUAAUUAAUAUUUAUUAAUAUAUAACAUUAAUAUUAUAAUAUUUUCGUACUUUCCAAAGAAAUUCUCCUGAAUUUCAGAAAUCUGUGCAAUGUUUAAGUUUUAUAAAAUAAUCAUAUACGUAUAUGACUUUUAUUACAUACAAAUACAUAUAUAUAUAUUUUAUUAUAUGCUUAUAUUUCUAUUAUAACAUUAUAGAAAUACAAGUUCAUUGUUUCUUUAACUUGCGUAAUGCGUAAUUUUCAACUAUUCUAAAUACUAAAUUCAACAAUGGUUUAUUAAGAAUGUACGUAUUUAAUAGUUAAAAUAAUAAUUUUACUGCGUAAUAUAAUAAAAGGUUUUAUUUCUCAAAUAAAGUAAGACUUUGAAGCCUGGAAAUCCAGAGUUUAAAACAAAACACAAAGGCAUGAACAUAAUGUUUACAUUCACCUUAAUUAUCGUGCCUGUUCGAACAGGAUUAAUCCUCUAUUACUUCUUCAAGCGUGAAACGUAUCGCGGAGCGUCAUUCAGUUGUUGAAUUUUGUGACAAUAGUAUAUAUUACGUCGCAUUAGAUUCGUAACUUUUUCCUUUUUCCAGCUAUCAGUGGCGUUUUUUCUUUGACUCUUUUACUUCGAUUUAUACCUCAUUAAUAGCAUCAUUUAAUACGCGUAUGUUUAACAAUUCAUUGAGCAUUAUGAUAUCGAAAUUGUGUAGUGCUUUGAAACACCACGCCUUCGCAUCAAUUAUUCUUCAGUCGUCGAUUUUCCUCGUACGAUUACCUGCACAUCAUCUCGUACAUCUUUUUAAUAGAAUUUGAAGUUGUUUAUCAUUUUAUUUUUAUACAUUUGCCGUCUUUCGACAUAUUUGUUUUAACUUUUGAUUUCUUUUUGCAGGUCAUUUUUUGAUCAGAGAUAGCAUGGACGUCACGACUAAGAAUGGACCAUUUGAUGAAAUUCCACGGAAAUUUAGUAACAUUUUAUUUAUUUUGGGUAAUAUUUAUUUUGGUAUAUAAUUCAUACAUAUUUGAGGUAGAAUUCACAAUACGUAAUUUCAUAAUUAUUUGGAGUACAAAGAUGAAAAUACAAAGGAUUAAAUCAAUUAAUAUUUUAUUUCGAAUAUAGACCAGUUUAAU